UCUGCUCUGUCAGGCAUGGCCGGGUUGCGGUCUUUAGUUGGGAGCCUCUGGUUCUUGGCGUUGCUGCGGUUGGGCGCCGCGGCGGAAGCGACGGCAGCGGUUGGGGACGUCAGCGUGGACGGACGGCGCGCCAUUGCGUCGACGGGCGAGGACUUCGUGUGCGCGACGCUCGACUGGUGGCCGCCGGAAAAGUGCGACUACGGCACCUGCGCCUGGGGCCGCGCCUCCCUGCUCAACCUGGAUCUCUCCAACAAAAUCCUGCUCAAUGCCGUCAGAGCCUUCUCGCCGCUGACGCUCCGGCUGGGCGGCUCGCUGCAGGACAAGGUGGUGUACGGCACCGGCGACUCGCAGGGGCCGUGCGCGCCGUUCGUCAAGAACGCGUCGGAGAUGCACGGCUUCACGCAGGGCUGCCUGCCCAUGCGCCGGUGGGACGACCUCAACGCCUUCUUCCAGAAAUCAGGCGCCAAGAUUGUGUUCGGGCUCAACGCUCUCAACGGCCGGGUUCCUCUGCAGGACGGGUCCAUGGGAGGGAACUGGGAUACCACCAAUGCAGCAUCGCUCAUCCGUUACACUGUCAGCAAGGGCUACACAAUCCAUGGAUGGGAGCUCGGAAAUGAGCUCAGUGGCAAUGGCGUCGGAACCCGGGUUGGUGCUGACCAGUACGUCAAAGACGUGAUCGCCCUCAAAUCGACAGUCGACAACGUAUACCGAGGCAGUUCAUCGAAGCCGCUGGUCCUUGCUCCGGGAGGCUUCUUCGACGCAGGCUGGUUCAACGAGCUCAUCGUCAAGACCAGGCCAAACCUUAUCAAUGUGGUCACUCACCACAUCUACAAUUUAGGACCAGGGGUGGACACGCACCUCGUGGACAAGAUCCUCAACCCGUCAUACCUAGACGGCAUGGUGAACACAUUCAGCAGUCUCCGAGGCUUGCUGAAAGCCGCAGGGACAUCAGCCGUCGCCUGGGUCGGAGAGGCUGGAGGGGCUUACAACAGCGGACACCACCUUGUCACCGACGCCUUUGUGUUCAGUUUCUGGUUCCUGGAUCAGUUUGGGAUGUCGGCAAAGUAUGACACCAAGAGUUACUGCAGACAGAGCUUCAUCGGUGGGAACUAUGGCCUGCUAAACACGACAACGUUCCAACCAAAUCCUGACUACUACAGUGCUCUUUUGUGGCAUCGCCUCAUGGGAGCCAGAGUUCUAGAUGCAAAAUUCAACGGCACCAACAUGAUCCGCACCUACGCGCAUUGCGCAAAACAUUCUCCAGGAAUAACUCUGCUGCUGAUCAACCUCCAUGGCAGUGCCAUAAACCGAGUCUCUGUGACAAGUGAAGGUGCACAUGAACACACUUCAAGGAGGCAUGGCAGGAAGUUUGCUCAGGAAGCUAGCGCCAUGAGAGAGGAGUACCAUCUCACACCCAAAGACGGCGAUAUCCAGAGCCAGGUGAUGAUGCUGAAUGGCAGGGCCCUGGUCACUGAUGCAGAUGGGAACAUCCCCAGGAUGGAGCCUGUCAGAGUUGCUGCCGCGCAGCACAUUGUGAUUGCACCUUACUCCAUUGUUUUUGCUCACAUCCCUUACUUCCGUGCUCCUGCUUGUAGUUAGGUUUUAUUUUGUGAGAUUCUUUGUUGUGAUGGGUAGCUAAGCGUGUCCAUCCCAAGAAAAGUGUGCGGUGUUGUGUUAUACUGUGAUAGGUUGGAGGGGAAAUUGAUAAUGGUGCAGAAGAGAGAUGAAUCAGAUUCCUUCAAGUUCAGGACCUUCA